ACUGGCGGGGGAAAGGCAGUGCUAUAGUUUCUAUUAUGAGCACAAUAAAGUGUUUUUAAUAAGCUUGGAUGCAUGCAAAUCUAUUGUAUGUGACCUCUAAAACAAAAUUGGGCACGUUUCAAAACCAUAAUAGGUGCACUUAAUUAGCGUAAUGAAGCGUUAUAACGCUGAAGUGAGCGCUGUGCCCCUGGUUCCCCUAGCGCGUCACCGCCGUAUUACACCUUCCUCCCACUUCCACACGGAGCACUACCCCCGCUGUUAUUCCUAAUGUGGAGAGCCCAUUCCGCCGCCGGGGCUUCCCAACCGGGCUCGAUUCACCACCAGCUGUACCUGGGGAUUACCACCUCCACUCUAACACCGUCGUUACACGGCGUAUAGAAACCCACGCGUCGGAAUGCCACGCUUCGGUAAAGAUUGAUGUCUGAUGGCUGGGAGCCUCCAGGCUCACAUCCAAGAUUGACACUCGACAGCGCAUACUCUACGCCAAUCUCUUGAGCGAGUUCCACUUUCUACCAGACAAAAACGCCCACAAGCUCCUGAUACACCCGCCCACCGCCAAGCCGAGCAACAUACAGGACGCCCUCAGCCAAUCGCUGGGGCAGGAACGCGUUACCAUGGACACCGAGUCCACCUACUCCGGCUACUCGUAUCACUCGGGCCGGUCGAGAGGAUCCCACAGACAUGGAGAGCGCAGCAGAGAACGACACAAGUCUCGCAGUAAAGACAGCAGUCGCUCGGAGAAGUCCGUCACCAUCAACGCUCCUCCUGCAGAGCCCCUGUUGGGAGACCAGUCCAUGCGAGGAGAUGAAACACAGGAUGACAACUGGGGCGAAACUACCACUGCGAUCACGGGCACUUCAGAGCACUCGCUCUCACAGGAGGACAUUGUGCGCAUUAGCAAAGACCUAGAUGACAGCGUGGGUCUGGACUGUAAACGCUAUUUAGUCGUCUCGUUCUCUGUUAUCUUGAGUCUGCUGGUGCUCCUGACGCCACUCGCGUUCCUCAUCCUGCCGCGACUGCUCUGGCCCGAGAGGCUGCGUGCGUGCGGCACGGCGUGUGAGGGCCUCUUCAUCUCCGUAGCGUUCAAGCUGCUUAUUUUGUUGCUAGCCAUGUGGGCGCUGUUUUUCCGGCCGUCCAAGGCCACCAUGCCGCGCAUCUUCGUUUUCCGAUCCCUGCUGGCCAUGCUGGCGUUCCUGCUCGUGCUCUCCUACUGGCUGUUCUAUGGAGUGCGCAUCUUGGACACACAGGAUGAGGAUUAUCAGGGAAUCGUGCAGUAUGCCGUGUCCCUGGUGGACGCACUGCUGUUCAUCCACUAUUUGGCAAUAGUGCUGCUGGAACUGAGGCAGCUGCAGUCCUGCUUUUCGCUCUGUGUCAUGCGCUCUACAGAUGGAGAGACACGACAUUACAACCUGGGACAGCUCAGCAUCCAGAGAGCAGCUGUGGCCAUCUUGGAGAACUACUACAGAGAUUUCCCAGUACACAACCCAGCACUUCUCACGGCCUCCAAAUCGCGUGCUGCCAAACACCUGGCUGGCCUCAAGGUCUACAAUGUGGACGGUCCAGGAGGCAAUAACGCCGCUGCAGCAGGAAUCUCUCAGUCCCAGUCUCGCGCCAUGAUCGCCGCCGCCGCCCGCAGACGAGACUCCAGCCACAAUGAGCUGUACUACGAGGAGGCCGAGCACGAGAGGCGUGUCCGUAAACGCAAGGCCAGACUUGUGGUGGCUGUGGAAGAGGCGUUCACACACAUCCGACGCGUGCAGGAAGAGGAACAGAAGAAGUCUCCCGGAGACGUGAUGGACCCGCGCGAGGCGGCACAGGCCAUCUUCCCAUCGAUGGCACGAGCGCUGCAGAAAUACCUGCGCACAACGCGACAGCAGCACUGCCAUAGCAUGGAGAGCAUCCAGCAGCACCUGGCCUUCUGUAUCACACACAACAUGACACCAAAGGCGUUUUUGGAGAGCUACCUGACCCCAGGCCCGACGCUGCAGUACGGACGCGAGCGCUGGUUCGGCCGCCAGUGGACACUCAUCAGCGAGGCGUCUGUGAACAGCGGCCUCAAGGACGGCACUGUCUUCCUGCUCAAGUGUGUAGACUUUAGCUUGGUGGUCACCGUUAAAAAGAUCCCCUACAUCAGGCUGUCUGAGGAGUUCAUCGACCCCAAAUCACACAAGUUCGUCCUGCGGUUACAGUCGGAGACUUCGGUGUAGACAGCCGCCUGUGGUAUCGUCUCUUUUCACGCUCAUUCACUUGUUUUUGUUUUGUUUUGUGUUUUUGAUUAAAAAAAAUUCUCAGUUAUUUGGGGAGGGUUUGCAGUUUUAUUAUGUUGUCUUUUUUAUAUAUAUAAUAUAUACAUAUAAAUCUAUAUACCACAUAUUUGAAUAUAUUUCCUUAUUUUUUCCUUUGCUUUGUUUGCUGAUGAUGUUGGGUUGUGCACAAAGACACAAAUACGAUGAUGGAUAAUAUGACGCAAGACUCCACGUUCUUUUUCUAAAAAAAAAAUUUAACUGAAAUAAAAAGACAGUUCAAAGAAAAGAGAAGAAGAGAUGCACUCGUAAGAGCCCAGUGGACCACUCGUAACGUCGGACGUCCCGAUUUUUCUGCCGUUAUUCUCUAUAUAUAGCUCUGACGGACCUGUUCAGGCACAACGCUGUCAAUCAGAGCAAACUCCUCUGGACCGGAUAACUCUGGAUAUCCAGCUGUUGGCAUCAGAGAACUCCCAGAAUGCUCCUCUUUCUGUCGCAGAAUUUGGAGGUUCAAAUGGAAACGUUUUUUUGGUUGUUUUUUUUUUUUUUUCUACUGUAAGUGCAAACUAAGUCUUGGUGCUCUUUAAAUCACAUUUGGUUUGUAUUUCUGCCGAUGAGAACACAACAUAAUCCUGUUUCCCAAUCUUUCCUUUCCACAUAUGCACAAUGUACAGACGUGAGGUGUCGGUGUGUAUCUAUUGGAGUGUAUUCGGACACGUCGUGUAUUCAGCCGGUCACAAAAUAGGGUUCUGGGUCGUUUGAUGAAAAGCAGUGGGUUUUGUUCUUUUAGCAUUUGUUUUGAUUCGAGCGUUUUGAGUUUCGAGAAUCCGACCCAAAGCCCAGAAACGAGCCGAUUUCCACCCCUCAGCUCAAACGCUGUAAAUUUCCAACAGGAAGCUGCGCUAAAACUGUAUCAGUGCUUCAACUUUUUUUCCAGUAAAGAGAUUGAAUUGUGUUCAGAAGUGAGCUGGUCCGUCCGAGUCCGUACCAGGUCAUCGACCAGCAUUUAGACACUGAUUUAAUCAUACUGUUGUCUAUCAGCAUCGUUAAAGAGUUCAGAUUCAGUAGUUUCUUCAAGGACAGACAUAUUCUCAAAGGGAUAGUUUGACCAAAAGCACUAAUAUGCUUAAUGAAAGUAGCAUAAAGUCAUCAUGCUACUAGGUUUCAUACUGUUAUUUGCCUUUUUUUUUUUCUUUUUGGUGGAACUAUACUGUUAACAAUCUGAAGCAUGGACUUUGAGGAGGAUAUUCUUACUGACAUCAGGCACAUUUUAGCAGCAGAGAUUACUGUAUCCUGCUCUCUUGCUACUACUUGUCUGGGUUACACACAUGGCCAAAGAUAAGGGCAGUAACUCGUGCUCUGUAUGGUGUUUAAUAAAGCGUACUGUAUGGUCAUUAAGAAAGCACUCCAAAUUAUGUGCUCAUGACUAAACACUAAUCACCCUGGGCUCUCAACUCGGUUGCUGGUUGAUAAAUGGGGGAAAUGUCAAGAACGGAAUUUUACCGAGUUGAUAUCAAAUGAAUAUCCGAGUAAUUUAACAGAAUGUGUAUAACAUUUCAUUUUUUGUCUGAUGCAACCCCUUGCAUUUCAUUAGUCGUCACAUUUAGGAGUGGAACAGUAUGCAAAAGUGAAGGGAUGAUCAUCAUAAAACAUUGCAGUUGUUGGUGUAAAGCGAUACAGACUAACAGUGUUUACAAUCAGGUUUCUUAGUAACCCAGUAAUUAGAGUGAGCUAUCUAACUAAGUGCUAGCGCAUUUCAUAAACAGAUAUAGGAUCUAUUUCAAAUGAAUCAGGUGUCCUACUUCAUUACUGAUGAAUAAACAUAACACGAGGGACGCUACAAAUCCCAGUUGAUUAUUUUCCAGUAAUGGCACAUCCCAAAUUAUUUUAUUCCUCUUUUACCAGUGAUUUGUCAAUGAUUAAUAAUGUUUCUUUAUUAACGAAUACCACGCUGUACUUUUAAUCAGUUUAUAGUUAUAUUAAUGAUGCGGAAUGUCAAUGAAACGACAUGGAUCCUGUUAUAAUUUACAUUAUAGCAGCUAUAAACAGUCACUCCAUAGCAUUUUUUGAUAUAUAUAUAUAUAUAAUCACUUUUUUUACACAGGCUAAAUAAAUACCAGCAUGAGUUAUUACACACAUUGUUUAAAAAAUCUGGGAAUAUAGAGUUUAUUGUUACUAUAGUAACGAUAAUGUAUUAGAAUGAGUGCAUUAAUAUAAACCUCUUGUCUGCUAUCGUCAGAGCUGCUGUUAUAGAAGAUGAAUCAACACCUUCUGACCAAUCCGAUAGAAGAAUUUACCGGCGCUGGGGAAUACAGUCCGCUCAGAAAGUAUUGGGACGGCAAGGCCAAUCAGUUUGGCAGUUUUUUCCACUAUACAUUGCGUUUGUGAUCAUAAGAGAUCAUAAUAUGAGAUGACAGAUCAGUAUUUCAGCUUUCAUUUCCUCGUAUUUACAUCUAGACGUGUUAAACAACUUAAAACAUGGCGCCUUUGGUGGCAGACCAUCCAAUUUUUAGGUGAGCAAAAGUAUAGGAACGGAUAGUCUUAAAGUAAAUAACACUUCAUAUUUGGUUGCAUAUCGCAGGCUCUUUUGAAUGUCUCUUUUGUGCACGCUUGUUCUGCAGCUUCAUGAGUUACAUCCUCAAUAAAGAUUAGUGAACCCGUUACACAGCUCUCUGGUCUUCAUGUUGGUUUAUCCUUUUUAACAGCAAAUGCAGUCUUCACAGGUGAAACCCAGGGAUCAAACCAAGGGAAGACAUUCAGAGCUAUUUAAUUCUUUAAACAAUCAAUUGAACCUGGCACACCUGGGCAGCGCAAAACACCCAUCAGUCACGUGUUCCAAUAUUUUUGAUCACUUGAAAAAAAAAUGGGUGGGUUCAAACAUAAAGGUGCCAUGUUCUAAGUUGUUUAACACAUCUAGAUGUAAAUAUGAGGAAACGAAAGCUGAAGUUCUGAUCUAUCGUCUCAUAUUCAUCUUUUGCUCUCAAACCCAAAUGUCUUCAACGUAUAGCGAAGUAAAUAGAAUCGGACUUGCUUUUCCGAUAAAUUCGGAGGGGACUGUAAUAUCAGUUACUUGUGAAAUGAGCAGAUAGAGAAACUAGUUCAGCAAUCAGGAACAGUCAUAUUAAUGUAGCCUAAAAAAAAUCAAAUGUAACAAACACUAAUGCUGAAAACAUUUGCUGAAUACUUUAAGGGCUUAAACACUCGUGCUGCGUUUAACUGGUUUAACUGGUGUGGGAAUGAUUUCGUUGUCUCUGUGUUUUGGUUUUAAUCUGAAGACGUAUGGGUUUCGGUCGUUCACUUACACAGAAUACAGGCAUGAUUAUUUUUUUUUGGGGGGGGGUGCUGACUACUGAAGUUUCAGCAUGUGAACAGGAGUAUCUGUCGUUAUUUAAUAAUGAGUCACAACACAUUUCAUUUAUUUCAAAUCACUGUUACUACAUGCCUUAAUGCCUUAAUUUCCUGCAUAGUUACUGGGUUAUUAAGGGACUUUACUGUAAAGAUUAUUGUGGAGGCUACUUUAUCGGAUUGUUACCAUGUAAUUAAGCUACUCUAUUUUAUAGAGGAUUGUGUAGCAUAAUGACGCAAAUUAUUUAUAUAAGUAUACCGUCGCGUUAGUGUCCCAUCAUCCCUAGAUACUGUUACACCCCUGCUCAUAUUAUAGCUGGACUAUAGCAUUUUAUCACUAAUGCUGCUUUCACACUAGGUGUUUUUUUCCCUGCAGUAAAAGCUGUCCAGAGUGCCUUUUGUACUGCAUUAUCAACAAGCGACUCACGCAGCAUCAACGCUCUAACCAUAACAUGGCAGCCAAUUGUAUUACUUAGCUUAUUUAUCGAGAUCUAUACACAAAGAUUACAUUCACUUCUCAGUAUUUAUCCUAACUAUUGCGAGACAGAACUGUCUUGAAAUGACACCUUGAAAUGACACGACUAUGCAUUUUUUUUUGAAUUUGUUAACGAAUGAUAAAUACCUUUUUAUCAAUUUAUAUUUAUGUUUAAUGUUGUGAAAUGUCGAGGAAACAAGGUUUCAUGUUUCCUGUUAUCACACACGUUUUAGCAGCUAUAACCAGACAUUCCGUCAGCAGCCUCUCUCUCUCUUUUCCGUCUUCAAGUUAAUACAGCAGAAAAAUGCAGCACAACAGAAGCAGCUUCACCUCUAAUUGAUGCGUAGCACUACCCAGAGUCUCCUUCUGUAAAUGUUAAAUCAACAUCCUGCUUACAGAAAGAUUCCUCUUAACAGCUAAAUUAUUGAAGUUUUGUUUGUUGAAGUUUCUAGUAUACAAGUCCCUGUGUAAUUCCUAUGAAAGUGAAAUGUAUUCGAAUGAGCGCGUUAAUAUAAAUACAUGUUUAUAUUAAAGGAUCUGAAAAGUCUACACACCCUAGUAGCAUUUUGUGAUGUAAAAAAAAAAAAAAAAAAAAUUAAACCAGCAUAAAACAUUUCAGAACCUUUUCUACCUUUUAUUGUUAAAUUUUUACUUGUUACUUCAUUAUUAUUGUUAUUCACUUUAAUUAAUCAUUUUAGGUGGGGGGGUCAUUUAAAGUGACUGAUUAACCCUAAAUAAAAUACAGUUGUUCCUAUAGGAUUUUCCUGACAUCAUCUUAACAUCCAACUAGAAAAGCCACAUACACAUUUUUGACCAUAAUACCAAAACACAUCACAUCACAUCACCUAAAGCACAUCAUCCCCACGGUGAAGCAUGGGAGAGGCAGCAUCGUACUGUAGGGCUUUUUAUCUUCAACAGGAACUGGGGCGUUAAUUGGGGUGGAGGGAAUCAUGAAUAGCUCCAAAUACCAGUCGAUUUUGGUGCAAAACCUUAACGCUUCUGUUAAAACACUUAAGAUGAAGAGGAAUGUCACCUUUCAGCAUGACAAUGACUCAAGGCAAACCGUCAGAUCAACAAAGGGAUGGCUUCAAUAAAACAAGUUCAAGGUUUUGGAAUGGCCCAGCCGGAGUCCAGACCUAAAUCCAAUCAAAGAUCUGUGGGGUGACCUGCAGACGAGACGCACAGCCAGACUGACAGAGUUAGAACACUUUUGCAAGGAAGAAUGGCAAAAUAUUUCUAAGUCCAGACGUGCCAAACUGACUGACUCUUAUCCAAAAAGAUUGAAUGCUGUGAUUAAACUCUAAAGGUGCUUCAACUGAGUAUUAGUCUAGGUGUGUGCACACUCAUGUAACCAGGUCACUGUACAUUAUUUUUAUCCCCUGAAACUAAUGAAUAGGUUAAAAUUUUACAGUGAAGGUAGAAAAGAUUGACACGAUUUAUCUUGGUUUCGUUUUUUUUACAUCACAACAACCUGCCAUUUUAACAGGGGUGUGUAGACUUUUUCAGAUCCGCUGUAUGUCUUGCAGCUAAAAAUCGUCACAGAAGACAGAAAAUUACUUUUGCAAGCACUCCGUUGCAAAGGGAGCAAAAACCCCGUAUAACACGACUAUGUUGCAGUUGCUUAAAAUACACCAUACGGCCAAAAGUAUGUGGACACCUGACCAUCACCUUUGUUUCUGUUGCCAUAAAGCUGGAAGCAAACAGUUGUUUAGAAUGCCUUUGUUUGCUGUAGCUGCAGAUUUCCUUUCCCCAGCAUGACAGUGCACCUGUGCACAAAGCGAGCGCUAUGAAGACGUGGCUGGAGAGGAAUAACUCGAAUGGCCUACACGAACCCCUGACCUCAUCUUCAACUGCACCCCAGGCCUCCUCACCCAACAUCAAUGCCUGACCUCAUCAAUGCUCUUGUGGCUGAAUGGACAAAGCCACGCUCGAAAAUCUAGUGGAAAGCUUUCCCAGAUGAGUGGAGGAUAUUAUAAUAGCAAAGUGGGACUACAUCCGGAACGGGAAGUGUGUGACCGAUCAGGUGUCCACGUCCUUUUGGCCAUAUAGUGUAUAUCCAAGAUGUGCGCCGGCAAUUGAUGAAGCAAACAUCUAGUGUGAAAGCAGCUCUCAAGUCUGGCAGAAAACAUCUAUGAAUGCUGUUUUGGAUUAAUAAGAUUAAUAUGCAUGCACUUACACCCCAUGGAGACGCAAAGCAUCAUUUCUUCGAGAAUCUGCCUUCAAAUAUUAAUAAAAAGACACCACUCUUUAGGAUAGAUCACUAAAAGCAUCAGCCUCCAGCUGGCCUGCUUAAUUAUUAAUUAUAUCUUCUAAUGUGAUAUUGAUUUUUCUCUCGUUCCAUCUGAGGUUUGUAUAGUAUUUUUCUGCCAUUAAAAGAAACUGUGCGAAUGGUAUUUUUGUACUCCUCAUGAGAGGCAAAAGCAAAAUCCUCUUUGCAAAAACAGCUUUUUAAAAAAAAAUAAUUAUAAUCACUGGUGUACUUUGUAUGAACCUCUCGGACAAUGUGACCGUGCCUCUGUUUUUACCGCGUGCUUGUAUUUAUACUGUAUAUGUGCAUAAUGAAGUCAUUCCUACUCCAAAACACUUCAGUUACCGCUGACACUCUUCACUUACUGCUCUGAAACGCCAACAUUUAUACACUUGAUGCUAUGUUAUAAUAAAUGUUUCGAGGCUCACAACACACAUUUGUAUGAAAUAAACAUUUGUAUGAACA